CCUGCCGCAUGUUCUGUAUUUAGAAUUUGUCUUCUGCUGAGAAUAUUCUUCUCUUCAAGUUAACUUGGCAUUUAAUUAUUAACGUACAUUUAACUAUUUCUCGACAUGCCUCAUAUAGAGAACGAUAUCAAAUUAGAUUUUAAAGAUGUUUUGCUUCGGCCUAAACGAAGUACUCUUAAAAGCCGCAAUGAUGUGGAUCUUUUUCGCACAUUCAAAUUUCGCAAUUCUGGGCAGCAGUACACUGGAAUCCCUAUAAUAUCCUCUAAUAUGGAUACGACUGGUACUUUUGAGAUUGCCAAAGUUCUUGCAAAACAUGGUUUGUUCACUUGUAUUCAUAAGCAUUAUUCAUUGGAUGAAUGGAAGAAAUUUGCAGCUGAGAAUCCAACUGCUUUGAAAAAUGUUGCUGUUAGUAUUGGAACAGCUCAAGGUGAUUUUGAAGCUUUAUGUGCCAUAAUCAAAGCAGUUCCAGAAAUUGAAUACAUAUGUCUUGAUGUUGCAAAUGGUUAUUCUGAGCACUUUGUUGCUCUUGUGAGGCAAGUCAGAGCUGCUUAUCCUUCUCAUACUAUCAUGGCUGGUAAUGUAGUAACGGGUGAAAUGGUAGAAGAACUCAUUCUUUCUGGAGCAGAUGUGAUAAAAGUAGGCAUUGGACCUGGCUCUGUCUGUACAACACGGAAAAAAACUGGAGUUGGAUAUCCUCAAUUGAGUGCUGUUUUAGAAUGUGCCGAUGCAGCACAUGGAUUAGGUGGUCAUAUUAUUUCUGAUGGUGGUUGUACUAACCCUGGUGAUGUUUGCAAAGCAUUUGGUGCUGGAGCUGAUUUUGUAAUGAUUGGUGGCAUGUUUGCAGGACAUGAUCAGUCUGGUGGUGAUAUUAUUGAAAAGAAUGGUAGGAAAAUGAAAUUGUUCUAUGGCAUGAGUUCUGCCACAGCAAUGCAGCGAUACCAUGGAGGAGUUGCUGAAUAUAGAGCUUCUGAAGGAAAAACUGUUGAAGUACCUUACCGUGGUGAUAUAGAAAAAACAGUCCUUGAUAUUUUGGGUGGGUUGCGAUCAGCCUGCACUUACACAGGAGCUUCCAAGUUAAAAGAGCUGCCUCGACGCACUACAUUUAUUCGGGUUACACAGCAGACCAAUGAAAUAUUUUUUGGCAGUGAACUUAAUCCCUCUGGUAAAAACACUGGAUCUACCAUGCCUGAAGAAGAAUCGAAAAAAUAAAUCAUAUUGCAAGUGCUCCAAUUUCCUUAAAGAUGAAAAUGCAUGAAGAUAUGAAAUGCAUAGAGAAACAUCUAAAAUGAUAUUUGUUUAUUCAUUAUUUGAAAAAUUUAAUGUUUUCCUUUUAUAUUUACUUUGAAUCUCAGUUGCCAUUUUAAUUGUUAAAGGAUUUUGUUAAAGAAAUGGUGCAUAUAUAGAGAAAAAUAAGGGUAUUGAAAUUAUAAAUCACUGAAUUUAUAAUAUUCUGUCAAUGAGCUGAUAUUUUAUAUAUAUUUUUUAAAAUGAUUUAUUUUGUGUUUAAAAUGCAAGAAAAGUCAAAUACUAAUGUAGGUAUGUAUAAUUCAUGAACUAUUUUUAUAAUUAUGUGAUGUGUAUGUUUGUCCCAGUGAUUUUAUAAAAUUAAAAUUUUAUUUCUUUGGUUAUUUUGAUUUGCUAUUGAAACAUGUCAGAUUAACAUCUAAAAAAUUUUGCUUGUUUCUUAGAAAAUGAUGAUUUUGCAUUUUGAAAGAAAAGCGUUCUAGUAAAAUAUACAACUCUUUUAUUGUUAUUAUUAGUUU